CUUGCGGCCGUGUGCCUGUUUCUCGCGGCAGCAAGCGCAGUCGGUCCAAAGCCUGCCCGUUUGCACGCAGCGUUGUGGGCAAGCGGUCGUGUGGAUGGGCGCACUGCAGCGCACACCCACAGUCCAGGCGACGGAGUUUUUUUCCCUUCGGGCCAUCCACCUGAAAACACCAAGCAGCUGCAGAACUCUACACAACCUGCCCGUCCAGAACUGUCCCGUCUCCGUCCAUCCCGAAAAGAGUUGCCAUCUCGAAACAGGCGCUACUCCGCUCACAACAAAGCCAGAGCGAGCGAGUCUUGGCCAGGGUGCUGGGGUAAACAAAGCGUAAACAUUGGGGUGGAACCGCCCCGAGGCCAGCACAGUGCCGACCGCCUGCAUUUACCUCUCCCUCGCACCGCCAGCGCCUGGUCCCCCCCAGCUGGCUCCUCACCACAAACUUUACUUACCUCACCACGAGCUCACCUCUCGCCCACUUAACUUCUUCGUUCUCCCCCCAACCUCCCCUCGCCCCAAACCUCACAAUCACUGCUGAACAACCCCCCGCACCGCGCGCCUCUCGAGCGCGUGCUUUCCUCAGAACAACACGGCAAGGUCUCCCUCUCGCACCUUCCGCCCUUUGGAAAGAGUGCAGGGGAAAGCGCGAAGGGAAUCGUGCGAGGCGAACGUGCAGUCGCGAACGACUUUGUCGGCACCCGUCGUCCUUGCCCGAUCCACCCUCGCCCUGCACAAUGGAUGCACCUUCCACCACGUCCCCGGGCAGCAGCUCGCCGCUGUCCGAGCUGUCGUUCUCACCGUCGCCGCCGCCGCCUGGGUUUCUCUUCGACUGUCCGUCAACUGGCUCGUCCUCGGAACUUUCGUCACUACACAGCACCCCAAGUCCUGAGCACCACCACGUCAACAACGCAACCAUGGCCUCGAUGCACACACCGCCUUCGACGCAGUCAGAAGACGAUUCGUCGUCCGCGUUGUUGACGCCGCCCAAGAAACGGAGACGUCUCAAUGCGGACAGAGAAAGGAAUCCAGCCUACUUGAACCUUUUGGGCCACGAGGUCAAGGAGGACGAGCGCGAGCAGCUGGCCAAGCUGUUGAAAGUGCUGCAUAAGCGACGAAAAAUUGUCGUUGUCGCAGGCGCGGGUAUAUCAGUCUCAGCGGGCAUACCAGACUUCCGCUCAUCGACAGGUCUGUUCAAGACAUUGAAACGCGAGCACAAUCUCAAGUCAUCCGGCAAAGAUUUGUUCGAUGCCUCGGUGUACAAAGACGGCAACUCAACUACCUCGUUCCACGCGAUGAUACGCAAUCUAGCCACAGCGACAAAAGACGCGCAACCUACCCCAUUUCACCACCUGCUCGCAACUCUCGCGCAAGAGGGUCGCCUGCUGCGUCUCUACUCACAGAAUGUCGAUGGCAUCGACACGUCGCUGAAGCCACUGGAAACGCAGGUGCCACUCCCAAAGAAGGCUCCUUGGCCCAAAACAAUCCAAUUGCACGGCACGCUGGAGCACAUGACAUGCACGAAGUGUCACCGCAUUUCCGAAUUCAAGCCAGAGCUCUUCGAGGGCCCGUCCCCACCACCGUGCGGCAACUGCGAAGAAACAGACGGCAUCCGCACCCAACAUGCGGGAAAGCGCAGCCACGGCAUUGGAGUACUGCGUCCCCGCAUGGUGCUAUAUAAUGAACACAACCCAGACGACGAGGCAAUAGGCUCCGUCGUGAAAGCAGAUUUGCGUACGCGUCCUGAUGCGUUGAUCGUUGUGGGAACCACACUCAAGGUGCCUGGCGUCAGGCGCAUAGUCAAGGAGAUGUGCGGCAUCGUGCGCGACCGCAAAGAUGGCGUGACUAUCUGGAUCAACAACGAUCCACCCCCGGCGUUGAAGGACUACGAGUGGGACCUCAUCGUUCAAGGUCCUUGCGAUCUUGUCGCUGCGCAUGCAGCUCUACGUCGGUGGGAUCAGCCUGAGCCAGAGCUUCAACUCGUGAGCGAGGAUCAUGUUGAGAAGCUCAAGCGCGAUAAUGGCAUGCCAGAAGUCGUCAUUGUCAGUCCGGAGAGAAAGAGCGUGAAAGAUUCUGUGGAGAGUCUGCAAGGUGUAAUUACGCCUGCGCCCAGCCCGAAGCCGCAGAGAACGAAUGCGGGUCAGCCUGCGGACGGAGCGAAGGCUACGAACAAGAAGCAGGCCACCCUCAUGGGCCCCAAGCGGAAAGCUGGUGAUACCAAAAAGGCGACGACAAAGAAGACACCUGCCACGAAGAAGACAUCCGCGAAGUCGAAGAACGGGUCCAGGCAACCCACGGAGAAGAAGUCGACAGGUCCGAACGCAAAGAUCAGCUUUACAUUGAAGAAACCUCACCUGUCAUCUAUUCCCAUCAAGCCCGACGUAAAACAACAGUCGCUCUCGCCCUCUGAAAAUGGCGCAGAACGCAAGGAAGUCUUUGCUAUCAUUCCCGAGCCUGUCAUUGAUGUGAUGCAGCCGCUGUCACCGUCAUCUGCGCGCAAUAACGGGAGCCCGCCUUAUUCGGCACCCCUGAUUACGCUCCCCCAAAAACAGCCCACAUGCAAAGGGAGCAGGAAAGCUUAUGGGGCAGAAUUGAGCGUGGACACGAGUUUAAGGACACCCAUUAAGGCAAAAGAGAGCCCAGAGGAACGGAAACGAACAAUCACGCCGCCGGGAAAUGGACCGAGGGGAAUGCAUGAUCUGAUCCAGUGGUAAUGCGCUCAUCAUGCCAUGAACAAGAUGAACGGAUGCAUGGUGUUACGGUCUGUGCUUAUCCACAAAGGGAUUUGGCCUUUUGGUUUUGCGGUGCAUAGCGGCGGCGCCUUUUUCUGAUUUUUACAUGUUUUGGCGUUGCAUGCCACGGCUGAGGACAAUGCAGCUACCCGUUGUGACAUUUGUACAUAGCCUAGGAAAGGGGUUCCUUCUUCGUUCCUGCAUUUCUUUUCGACAAGUUGGUCAAAGAUACCCAGCACUGCUAAGCUCUACUUUUUAUUUGGUCAGCGGUGCUUUCUACUCCCAACAGUGGAACAUGUGCGGCAGCGGGAUUAUAGGUCGCAUUUUGGGGAGCUUUAGAGGGCAAGACUGGCGUAGAAACCUAAUGCUUAGGCAGGGAGAAAAUGUGGAAGACCGACUUAAUGCAUAGCUGUUUCACCUCAUUUUUCUCAGAUUUCCUCCCCAGUCAUAGCUUCGCGUUCCAUCUAAAAUAAAAAGGCUCGCCGUCACUCCACAGGGG